GCAGCCAAGUAGUGUCAUGAUUGUGCUUUUGUAAAUAUAUUACAUCGCGAGUUUAGAAGCGUUUGACUGUAUUUUUUGUCAUGUCGACAUUAGGCACGUUGAGUUACUAUGCAGACCCACACCUUCCCCCAGACCAAGGGGAUAUUAUGGCAUCCAGAUACCCAGGUCCAACCGGACUGGAACAGGCGAGUCAGCAGAUGACUGAAUAUGGCGCUCAGGAAUCUUGCCCUUUGCAGAUGAAAUCUUCUAUUUUCAGCGCGUCUUGGAGUCCCAUUUCUGCCCAUCAGCCUCCGAACAACUCUUCUAUAACGCAUCAGCCCUAUUUGCACCAUCACUGUCCAACAGGAGAUACUGAUGGGAUGUUUAUGCGCUCCUGGGCUUUGGAACCGGUGUCCACGUCGAUAUGUUUAACGGGAUUAUCGUCAAAUAUGCACUAUGAUAUCAAACCUGAGCCGCUGAUUGGGAGUGGUGACUGCACAACGUUGGAAACGCACACACCUCUUGUGUCCGACAUUGAUAACGGGACAUCUCUUGCAGAGAAGGAUACGAUCGCCUGUGAAUCCCUUUUUUCCAAACCAAGUGAAGAAAGCACACCAAUAGUAGUGGAAAAAAGGGAGAGCCAGACCAACGCAGAUGACCCAUCUUCCAACUGGCUUCAUGCAAAAUCCACCAGAAAAAAGCGCUGUCCGUACUCUAAGUAUCAGAUACUUGAACUGGAGAAAGAGUUUCUGUUUAAUAUGUAUCUCCCCCGAGACCGUAGAUACGAAGUAGCAAGAGUUCUUAAUCUGACUGAGAGACAAGUUAAAAUAUGGUUUCAGAACCGCCGGAUGAAGAUGAAGAAAGGGAAUAAAGACCAUCGGAAGGACAUGUGAAACAUGAUGAGUAUUAGGGCCUGUCCUGAGAAAACUGAAUAGCUCAAAGUGGUGGAUUUUCAGGAACCAAUGUUAUUUCUGGAAAAUGGUUGCCACCAGUCGAUCCACAUUUAGCUGUUGUCUAUGUUGUGUUCUGUGGGUGUUGUGUUAUUGUCGUUGAAAAUCUGUCGGCUCGUUUUCUUCCUAUAGUGUUCUAUGCUUUGUAAUGGUUAUUUGUUUGUGAUUGGUACUUCUAACGUUAUCUAAUUAACUUGGACGUAAUUGGGAAAUAAUUCCAUUAGUGCACACAGAUAACAUGUUAGAAAUUGUCUAUUAAUGUUCCCUGCAUGAAAUGUUUCCAUGGUUUCUGUUUUUUUAACCCAGUGUUUAUAUUAUAGAUUAUAAGGCUAAUAAUGUUUAUGCCUUGACUACCUGAAUGUGUUUCAACUACCUAACUACAUUCGACCAUUAAUUUAUUGUUAUUUUGCAAAAACAACAAUACCUCAAUGUCUCAAGAGUAUUUCGAUUCUAAA